AUGAAACCAAGAUCUCAAGAAACUGAGGAAAGGAGAAAAACAAAAGGUGUUCAUUCUGGUGGUUCUAAGAAAGGUUCCAAAGAUAAAGUUAAAAAACAACCAGUUCCUAAAUUUAUUGAAAGAAAUGGAUUACAUGGCUCUUCAAAUGAGAAAACAUCUAAUUCUGAAUCAAGUACUAGUGAUAUAAGAAAAAGUAGAAGAGGACGUCCGGCAAAUUCUAAAAAUAAUCGUGGUGAUGGUAGAAAUAGAAAAAAUAAAAGAUUACAAGAAAAACAUAGACUUACUGAAUUAAGUGAUAAAAGGUUGAAAAGAAGAAAAGAAAUAAUUCCUCCUAAUCCAUCCCAUCAUAUGAAAGAAGUUGAACCCAUAGUAAAAAAUGGAAACAACAUGGAAGAAGAAGAAGAAUUAUCUGAGAGUGAUUAUCAAAAUGAAUUCGAAACUGAUAGUGAUUCAUAUCAAUAUAUUGAAGCUACCAUUGAAUCAAGACCAAAUGAUGAUGGUAUAAAUAGCAUUUUUGGUAUUCAAUUUCCAAAUUUUUUUGAUUAUACAGAUUUUGAUUUAUCUGAUUUUUCUCUAUCUAAUAUUCCAUAUCCUUCUAUCAGGUUACCUUUUUUUCCUAGAUCUUCACGUAUUUACAAGGGAAUAUAUGAUGGAAUUAGUAGAAUACCACUAGGGCCUACUCACAUUAAUAUGUAUCAACGCAACGUUGUUGAUACUGCAAGUGAAAUUGUCAAUAAAGUUAGAGAUAAUAUGGGUUCUGAUGAAAAAGGAAAUGAUAAACCUGAGAGAAGCACAGAUGAGAUGAGAGGUGGUGAUGGAAAAAAUACUCGUAAACCUGAUACUUGUAGUGAUGUAGGACAAGAUGUAUCUAAUCAUCCUAGUGAACAAGAAGAUGUUGAUAGAAGAGAAAAGGAAGGUAAAAAAGAAGAAGAUGAAAUGGCAAAAGAAAGUAAAGACUCAGAAGGGAGUCAUACUAACACAGGAGAAGGUAAUACAAGAAGUUCCAAUCCGAAUGAUGUUUCUAAAGAUAAUGAAAGUAACGGUGUCUCUGAACCAAGAGAGGGUUCUGAUGGAAAUAAUGAAUCAAACGAUUUAAAUUUUGAAACUUCUAAUAAGAGAAAAGAUGAUGUAGAUUUAACUUCGACGUGUACCGGAUUAACGAAUGGCGAUAACUAUGGAACUGAUUGUACUUCAAUGAAUAAUGAGAAUUCAAUUGAUUCUGAAGGGAAAACAAUUACAACAUAUGUAUCUGGAGAUGGUAGAUGUAAUACCUUUCCACGAUUUAAUUCUUCUCCUAGAAGUAAUUGUAUGACUGCUUCAUCUCCUAGUGAUGAUUAUAAAUCUGAAAAUGAAAAAAAUCUUCCUUUAGAAGCAAACAAUGAACAAAUUUUAUCUAAUGAUCUUGGAGAAUAUCAUGAAGAAGCGGUUACUGCUGAUAUGACUGAUCCUUCUAUUAUAUCUGUUUCACCAGUUCACGAAGUAGAAGUUUCUAUUCCACCAAACGAAACAACCUGUGAAGGAGUUAUUUAUACAGGUGAUGCUUCUCCAUGUAAACAAAGUAGUAAUUCUAUUGGUAUUGAAAGUUCUCGUAUGGGUCCUUCCUCUAAUGGAGGUAAUAUAAGUAAUGAAAUUUCACGUAUUACGACAGUUUCUACAAUGGGAAGUCAUCAAAGUUUAAAUAGUGAUUCUUCACAGAUGAUGAGUAAAAUGUUAGGAAUGAAUUCAGUUGAACCUUCCGCGAUAUCCAUUAAAGGUACAACUAUGGAAGCACCACAAUAUUCCUCUCUUUCUCAAACGAUGGGUGAAGAUGGGGGAUCAGGACAAACUUAUUCUAAAGGUCAAGAACAAAAAGGAAAAGAAACUGAAAGUGUAGGUCUUACAAAUGAAGGUUCUACAAAUGAAGGUUCUACAAGUGAAGGUUCUACAAGUGACAGUCAUACAAGUAACGGUCAUACAAGUGACGGUCAUACAAGUGACGGUCAUACAAGUAACGAUCGUACAAGAGAUGGUCUUAAAAUUGCAAGUCGUAUGAGAAGGUCACCUCAAAGGAAUUCUACAAAUGAAUUAUCAAUAACUAGAAGAAUAAGUAAAAAUGGUGGUACACCUAUUAUCAAUAAAACACAUAAAAGUUUUUCUUCCUUCUUUGAUUUUUCAUCACUUACAAAAAACAUUUCAAUUUCUUUAGCAAUAUUUGGAGUUAUAUUUCUUUUCAUUUUUUCUAAUAAGCAUAGCUCCUUGGGAAUGUUUAACAAGAAAAAGAAGAAACGAAGAAGAAAAUCUGUACUGAUUAAUGAGGAUAAUAUGAAUACAAAGAUGUUAGAAAGAUAUGAAGAUAUUGAUGAUGAAAAUAAUAAAUUUGAUGAAGAUGAUUGUAAUGAUAAUGAAUUAAAUAAAAGAUCACUCAUCUUGCCAUAUAAGAAAGAAGAGGAAGAGGUGUACAAAAUAGAAGAUCAGAUUGAAAGGAUUGGUAAUGAAAUAAUAGAAAGAGAAAAAAGUAAAUAUAUAAAUGUGGAACAUAUAAGUGAUGAGAAUACAUAUGAUUAUAAUAAUAUAUAUAGUGAUGACGAUAUAAAAUGUGUCGAUGUAAUGAGCAUAAUAAAAGAGAAGAAAGAAAUAUGGAAAUGGAAAACUAUAAUAGAGAUUCAAAUGGUAGUCAUUGAAGAGAUACACAAUGAAGAAUGGGAUAUGAACAAGGAAGAUUUUUUAUCAAUAUGUAUAAACGAAUUUAUGAAUGAAAAAAAUAGAAAAUGUUUAUAUAAUGAAGAUGAUGAUUUUAAUAGCACAGAAGUAAUGAUAAAAGGACAAACGUUUUUGUGGAAUAAAUGGAUGGAGAGACAUAAAUAUAUUUUAGAUAAAUGGAAAGAAGAGGAAUCAUUUAAAUAUUUAAAAAAUGAUUGGAAGAGAGAAGAAUAUGAAUAUAUGAAAAAAAUAUACAAAGAUUUGUUGCUUAGUUUGAGAGGUGAUACAUAUAAUAUGUCACAAAGGCAAAAAAUUAUAUGGAAAAAAUGGAUUGCUAAACAUCCAUAUAGAAUAAGAGAAAAAAUAAUUGAUCAAUGGUUUGAUAAAUUAUUUGAAGAAAUAAAUAAAAAUAACAUAAUAAGUGAUGAAAUAAUAGAUGUAUUAUUAAAUGAUUAUAUAGAAAGUGAUCAAAAUUGUGAAUACAUUUACAAUAUGAGUGAAAAAAAAGAAAAAUUAAAAUUAAUUUUGUGGAUACAAAUAUAUAUGUGUGUGAUGGAAGAGACCGAAAAGGAUAGUUGUAUAAAAAAGAAAGAGACAUAUGUGGAUACACUCAUUGAGAAUAUAAAAGAUAAAGAAUAUAUAAUAGAUGUUGUUGAAGAUAUAAAGAAAGAUAUUCAUACAUUACCUCUAAAUCAAUCUAUAUGUAAGUGGAAAAAGGAAAAAUGGUUUGAGGAAUUAAAAAAUAAUUGGAAGGUAGAAGAAAAUAAAAGAUUAAAUUAUAUUCCAUUAAAAAAUAAUAAUGAUAUAUAUAAAGAAGUGAUAGAAAAAUCUGUGACAUAUAUAGAGAAGAAUAUAUUACAUAAAUUAUUGGAUGAUAUAAAUUUUAAAUGGAUUGAUGAGGACAAUGAAAAUGAUUGGUUAAAGGUAACAGAAAAUAAUAGUAAAGAUGAAAAUAAUAUUAUAUAUAUUAAUAAGAAAAAUAAUGAGAAUAGAAAUAUAUAUAUAAAUAAAAAUAUUAACAAAGAGGAAAAUAAAAUGAAAUGUUCUGAGAUAAAAUAUAUGUUUGAUAAUAUGACUUUACAAGGGAACACAGAAGAUUAUCAUGAGAAUAACAACAAUACUUUUAAUAAUAACAAAAAUAUUUUUAAUAAUAACAAAAAUAUUUUUAAUAAUAACAACAAUACUUUUAAUAAUCAAUUUAGUGAGGACCCAAUUAAUCAAAAUAAAGAAGAUAUAAAUAGAAAUAAUGACCAAAUAAAUAUUAUGUUUAAUCAACAUAAAAAUGAAUGGAUACAAGUUAUUAAACUACAUUUAGAUUUAAUAGAUGAAUGUAAAAAAGAAGAAUGGGAAAAAAAUAAAUAUGACUUUUUAGAUAUAUGCAUAGAAGAAUAUAUAAAAAAUGAGAAUAAAGAUAAUAGUAGAAACAUUUUAGAAGAUGAAAUUUUUAGUAUGAAUAAAAAUAUAAUGUGGGAUACAUUUAUAGAAACACACAGAUAUAUAUUAGAAAAGUGGAAAAGAGAAGAAUGGUUUCAUAAUUUAAAAAAGGAAUGGGAAGAAGAAAUAUUAAAUUAUUUGAAUUCAUCAGAAAAUAGAAAUGAUGCAAGUAAUAAAAAUUGUAAUGAAUCAAACACAAAUUUUAUGAUUGAAAAAGAAAAAAUUGCGUUCAGAAAAUGGAUCAAUAAACAUACGGAAGAAUUAAAAGAUUGUUAUGAAGAUGAAAAGAAUCCAUUUUUAGAAGUAGAAAUAAAUAAAAAAAAAAAAAAAAAAAAUUAUAAGUUAAUUGCAUGGAUACAAAUACAUAUGAUGAUAUUAGAAAGAUUUAAAGAAGAUGAAUUUUUAAGAACUAAAGAAUUAUUUAUUGAUAUAUGUAUAGAAGGAAUAAAAAAAGGAUAUUUAUAUAAGAACAAUGAUAUAAUAAUACAAAUGUUAUAUAAACUAAAAAGUGAUAUUUAUAAUUCAUGUGAAUAUUUAUUAUCUCAACAAAAAGAUGAUAAAAAAAAAGAAAAAGAAGAGUGGUAUAAAAAAUUAAAGAAAUAUUGGAUGGAUAAGGGAAGUACACAUUUUAAUUUCUUAAGACAAAAAGAUAAUUAUGAAACCAUUCUUGAUAUAAUAAAACAAUCGAUGUUAAUUGUUUAUAACAAUAUGUUUAUAAAAAAUUAUGAUGAUCAAAAUUUUCAAUGGAUUGAUGAGGAUAACGAAAAAGAUUGGUUGAAAAUUGUAGAUAUAAAGACGGAAAAAAGGUUGAGGCAUAAUAUAUGUGAACAUAAACGUUUGAAGGAUAUAAAAAAUGAUAUACAAAAUAAAAUGAGUAUAUUAAAGGAUAUUUAUAAAACAAAAGAAAUGUUGACCUUUUAUUCAGAAGAAAUAUAA